AUGACCAAAUGCGCUGCCCCAUCAAGGUUGGCCUUGUCUGCCGUUCUGCGCAAUGUUUUCCGCUCCCAGUCCACCAGUAAAUUGGGCGCUUCUUCAAUAACCCCCUAUCGCCGACCUUUCGCCUCUGUUCCUCUUUUCUCUUCGGAUAUUCAGCUCCAAAGAUACUUCAGUUCAAUGCCACGCUUGUGCGACUCCCAGAAUGAACAACCAGAGCCCGCAGCCCCUGGAGCCCUGACCGUCGCCGAUGACACUCUGCAACACAAAACAACGAAAAAGAAAGACUAUGAUUCAUUUGGCAAGACAGAUGGAUGGAGUACCCAUAAACGUCAGCCCAAAGAUUAUCGAGGGAACCCAGAAAAUCGCACCGGAAGAACCGACAGAGAGCGCAGAGCUUUCCGCAACGAGACUCGCAGGGAGGCCAAAAAGGAGCCCCGCAAGUGGCAAGAUAGGACCGAAAAAGCGAAACGUCUCUCAGAGAACAAAGGAAAUAAAAAGCCUGAGCACUGGCAAGUGCAAAAAGCGGCUUUGAAGGAGAAGUUCGCGGGUGGUUGGAACCCACCCAAGAAGCUAUCACCUGAUGCCCUCGAUGGAAUCCGUCAUCUCCAUGCGAAAGCUCCCGAACAAUUUACGACCGCUGUCCUUGCACAGGAGUUUGAAGUGUCACCGGAAGCUAUUCGCCGGAUUUUGAAGAGUAAAUGGCGCCCAUCGGAGGACGAGAUGGAGAGUCGGCGCAAACGAUGGGAGAACCGACACGAUAGAAUCUGGAGUCGUAUGGCUGAGCUUGGUCUUCGCCCUUCGACCAACCGCACGCGAACUCUUUCAGACUUCCACGUGCUGUAUGACGACAACAAUCGCGAACGAAGAUAG